UACAUACAUGGUCUUCUUACCUCUGCGCCUCAGCCCCUCCCUCUUGGAACUCUUAAAAUAAGUAUAGCCCAGAAUUGAGCCUGUGGCUGCUCUCUCCCUCUUUCUUCAGCCGGAGACUCCUCCUCCUCCACCCUACAGACUCGCGGAAUAAAAAUGGUUGCUUUGCUACUGCAUCAAUCAUCUGCAAAAUAACCCCCCUCAACUCAACAACUGCAGGGACAAAGAAAGAAAGAAAGAAAAAAAGGAGAGCAAGCACUAGCAGACGGACUAGUUUUUAGUGUAGCGCACUUCACUUAUUUGAGUUACUACUACCACUACUUCUUCCCUAGUUGUUACAGAUAAAAUUGGUGUGGAGUCGAGACACCAGAGAUUGAUUGAUUGAAAGAAAGAAGAAAUGGUGAGCCCAAAAAGGUGCAGUCUUGCAGAAAGCAGCGUCCCCUGCGAUUUUUGCAAUGAGCAGACCGCCAUUCUCUACUGCCGAGCUGACUCCGCCAAGCUCUGCUUGCUCUGCGACCACCACGUCCACUCCGCCAACGCCCUCUCCCGCAAGCACCUCCGCUCCCAGAUCUGCGACAACUGUGCCUCCGAGCCCGUCUCCGUCCGCUGCGCCACCGACAACCUCGUCCUCUGCCAGGACUGCGACUGGGAUGCCCACGCCACCUCUGCCGUCUCCGCCGCCCACGAUCGCAUCCCUCUUGACCCCUUUUCUGGCUGCCCUUCUGCCCUUGAGCUUGCCUCCGCUUGGGGUCUCGAACUUCAGGAUAAAAAGCCCUCCCAACCCCCCAAUUGGUUUGACGUGGCUCCUGCUGCCCCUACUGCAGGUGGGUUUCUGGACUCGUCCUGGACGCUGCCCAAGGAAGUUUCUGUUUCCCCUUCGGUUCUGUUGCAGGACUUGAUGGUCCCCACUGAUAAUAACAAUCCUUCUUCUGCUGUUAUCUUUUCCAAUUGCGGCCCCGAUUUGAUGAAGAAGCAUACUUCCCCUAGCUGUGGGAAGCAGAGGCUGGUGAUUAUGAAGCAGUUGAUGGGGUUGCUUGAGAGGGAUAUGGCCGACGGCGGCGGCGGCGAGGAAUUGGGACCUGGUACGCCUAAUGCCAGUGGUGGCGGUUGUUGUGGGGUUUGGCAGGGAAAUGAGGAGGUCCGCGGAUUGGGAAAUGGUGGUGAUGGGGUUGUGGGCAUUGUGAAUCAGCAGUUUCAGCCUCAGCAGCAUCAGCGGCAACAAGAACAACAGAAUGCUCCAUUCAUGUCCUUGCUUAUGAUGCAGACGCCGGCCAUUCCCAAGGAGCGUGAUCGGACGGUGGCAAGGAACAUGUGGACCACCACUGCUUGUGAACCAUCCACUCAGAUAUGGGAUUUUAAUUUAGGACAGCUGAGGGGCAAUGAUGAAUCUAAUACACUGGAAGUAGGCUACAGUGCUAAUGAAGUGGGAUUUAUGAUGAAAAGUUAUAGUGAACUUCUAAAAGAACCGUCCUCAGCAACUACAAGAGGAUUAGAACUGUCUGGAUUGAACUGCUCGAUUGUAAACGAGGAUAUGGCAGCAUUCAACAACUCUAAUAAUCCUAUCGCAAGCCAGGGGCCAGCGACGUCAGAGAGCAACAAUUUACCAAUAGGAAGGGCAACAUCAGGUUCAGGUUUGGGUAAACGUAAAUGCUAUGGUGGUCUGAAAGAUGUCGAUCUCAUGGAACAAACUGUUCUGGUGAAAAGUGAAAGCACGACAGCUGCAGCAGCCAAGGUUGAUAUGGAGCUAUUGGCAAAGAAUAGAGGUAAUGCAAUGCAACGCUACAAGGAGAAAAAGAAAAUGAGAAGAUAUGAUAAGCACAUCCGGUAUGAAUCAAGGAAAGCAAGAGCUGAUACUAGAAAGCGAGUUAAAGGUCGGUUUGUUAAGGCUAGUGAUGCUCCAGAUGGAUAACUUUAUUUUGAAUGACUUGUUGAGGCUUAGCACGUCUUUUGGAGUAUGUAUAAAACCUUGUUCUCCUAUAAAAUGAUAAUUUUGUGUA